CGUAAUCCAACAUGGCGUCGAACGGUAUACGUAUACGUCAAGCUCCUUUAAAAAAACGGUUUUAACGUGUGGCGGUUAAUGAUGGACGCAAAAAAGAGUCCGAUUCGCAGGACAAAGCGUCAGGCGAAAGUGCUGGAAGACUUUUGGGACUGUAGUGUGUGCACGUUUCGAAAUACGGCCGAAGCGUUUAAAUGUUUGAUGUGCGACGUUCGUAAAGGUACAUCGACUAGAAAACCUAGAAUUAAUCCCCAAUUAGUGGCGCAGCAAGUUGCUAGCCAAUUUGUGCCGGCCAGUAGUAAUCCGAAACGCGAAAAGAAAGACAAAAGGUCGCUAAAGAAGCGGCGGCAUCCGCCACGUCUUAAAAACGUAGACAGGAGCAGCGCCCAGACGAGGGAAGUUACCGUAAAUAGCGUUACCGUUGUUAUCACGGAGUACAAACCAAAAAUUAAAAGUACAGAGACUAUUUCGACAUCGAGUUCAUCAGAUCACGGCUCGCAUUCCGAAUCGAGCAUGGACGCACGGUGAACCUUAUCAUAUAAGAACAAUGGGGUGAGUUUUGUCUGUAGCCGCUUAAACGCAAUGUCACUGACUGAGACUUUAUCGGGCAAUGACUUCUGAUGUCAUUUACGCUGGUCUGUUUAUUUUUCCAUUUAUUUGUCCAUUUAUUUUAAGAUAAUAAACGCUUAUCAAACUUG